AUGACGGGAACAAGCUGCGCGACAACGCCGCUCGGGACCUGGCUGGCUGCGUUAGGCGGCUCUUACCAUCCAGCAUUGAAAGCUCGACCAGAUCUCUUUGGUACCUCUGUCUACGCUGGCGAGACGCUCGAGAAGGGCUGCAAGGCAGUCUGCUGCCCUUUCUCACUCGCCAUAACACCCAAACAAGCGAGACGAUGCAUUCCCGACACUCUCUCCCCCUCCUCUCCCUCCUCCUCCCGCCCGAAACGCCUUCCAGACCACGAGAUCAUGACGCUCUACCUUUGCCUUCACCUCCUGCCAAAGUCUGUCGUCGACCAGGUGCCGGACCUCGACCUCCAACACCAGCCUUACGUCGACUUCCUACCAAAAUCCGAAGCGAUGCGGACACCCCUCUACUUCACACCGGCAGAACGGGAGUUGCUGCGAGGGACGAACUUGUAUGGCGCGGCGCAGGAGCGCGAGGACGACUGGAAGGCCGAGUGGCGGGAAGUGACGAGCUGGGUGACCGACGAGGAGGUGCGGCGGGAGCUGACUUGGGAAAGAUGGCUGUGGGCCUGCACGAUACUCUCCUCUCGAGCCUUCUCGUCCGACCUCAUCGACGGCGACAAGGACAACUCGACACCCGUCCUCUUCCCCGGCGUCGACCUGCUCAACCACCGGCCAGACGCUCGAGUGACAUGGUUCAGCGACAUGGACACGGAGAACGAGCGGGCGGACGGCCGCGCAGUUGGGAAGGGAAGCUUGACGAUCGUGCUGGACGAGGAGAUCCCGGCAGGCGCGCAAGUUUACAAUACGUACGGCGCCAAGGCGAAUGAGGAGCUCCUCCUCGGCUACGGCUUCGUCCUCCCGUCGAACCGAGCCGACUUCCUCACUCUCAAGCUCAGCAUGCCACCCAACGCCUCUCCUUCGCUUCUCUCGCUCUGGGAUACUCUCAAGCUCACCGACACGCGCCACUACGUCCCGCGAAGCGGCGUCCUUCCUGAUGAGCUUCUCGCGCAGAUGCGGCUGCUACUCGCGCAGCCUGGCGAGGUUGAGGACAUCCAAGAGCGACUACGGAAGGGCGCGAGCGGCUGGAGUGAGGCGCUCGACUUCGUCAGCUGGGAGAAUGAGCUCGACAUGCUGGACAUGCUCGGGGCUAUGCUGGACAGCAAGGCGCAGGCUUUGACGGCGGGAGUUGAGGCUGUAACGGGCGAUGACAUACGGACGGAGAUUAGCGGGAUGGUGGGGAUCUACCGACGAGGGCAAGUCGACGUGAUCCAGGCUGCUAUAGAGUAUCACGAGCAGCUGUUUGACGAGACGAGGCGGAAGGCGGAGGAAGCUGGCAUCCCGUUCGACGAGGACGACAUGGAGAAUCUAGACGACGAGGACGAGGAUCACUAG